CGUUAUCACCUGCGAUUGGUGCUUUGGGCGGGAAAAAAAGACGCCGACAAGAGUCGCCGCCGCCGCCGAGCUCGUUUACACACGCGCAAUAUGCGUUUCUCAUCAUAAUUGUCGGUUGCGUAACGGACGGCAGUAUCGCCAGUGUCGUUUUCGUCAUUUCUCAGCCUGCCUAUCUCGUCGGACGUCUCAUUCCCGAGCCCUGAGUCUCCCUACCGAUUUGUCCUGGAGGUCUUGGAUUGACGCAGUGAAACAUACGCUAUAAUUUCUACGGUCGUCGUUUUUCACAUUCACCGGCUUAGAUCUCUAACCGUCCUCGCCGCCUUACAGCUUGUCAACGUCCGAAGUUUCUAGCAUCAAAUUAAGUAUCAAAAAUGGAAAUCGAAUUACUCGACAUGGAAAUCAUUGCUGAACAAAAUCCAGUCAACAAACUAAUCACUAAUACAAAACGCAAAUACGAUAUAAUCAUUUUUGGUGCUUCAGGAUAUACUGGAAAAUUUGUCGUUUUAGAAAUGGGUCGCCUUUCUCAAAUAUACAAUUUAACUUGGGCUGUUGCUGGACGUAACACUGCAAAUUUACGAAAUGUAUUAAACAGAUUGUAUCAAGAUGGUUAUGAAGAUAAAAAAAUUGAUGUUAUUUAUGCCAAUGUAUACGAUUUUGAAUCUGUAAUGAGAAUGGUUCAAAAAACUUCUGUGGUUAUAAAUUGUACUUCACCAUAUUAUAUAUAUGGAGAAGUAGUUGUCAAAUCUUGUGUUUUGACAUCUACUCAUUAUGUAGAUGUUACUAGUGAACCAUUAUUUAUGGAGAAAAUGGCAUUUAAGUAUAAUAAAAAAGCUGAAGAGAACAAUUCAAUAAUUGUUAAUGCACUUGGUAUGGAUGGUGUACCUGCUGAUCUUGGAAUAGAAUUUUUAUACAAACAUUUUGAUGGUAAAUUGAAGAAUGUUGACAUGUACAUGAAAAUUUAUCUAAGGUCAUUUGUGUUUGUUAGCGGAUUUUUCCAUCAAAGUGUUUGGAUAAGUGCUUUGCUGCAUUUGGCUUCUAAGACUCAACGACUAUUCUACCGAGAUUUGUUAGAUGAUUUAAUGGGAAUAACUAGAACACAACCAAAUGUUUCCAAGAUAUUGCAUUAUCAGCAAAUGAGUAUGCUGAGUGAUACCAAAUAUUGGUGUUUGGCUUAUCCAGAACCAGAUCAAUCUGUUGUUGCUAGGUCAAUACAUCAUGCCAAGACCGUAGAAAAUUUACCUUAUAAUUUCAGUGCUCGACGUUAUAUGGUUAUUAAUGGUUUGAUACCAGCUCUUAAUGUUUUGUUCAUCUUUUUUUUUCUGUCAUUCUUGGUCAUAUUUGAACCUAUUAGAAUUCUUCUGAUGCGUUUUUCAUAUUUCUUUACGGGUGGAUUGGUAUCAAAAGCUGGUCCAGGUGAAAAGUUAUCAAAAAACUUAUCUAUGACAUUUUCUCUGAUUGGUUACGGGACAACAUCCGUCAAGUUUCCUACUACUGAUGAUAAGGAGGGAACAACUCAAAAAAAUAUUACCGCCACAAGAAAAACUAUUGUUCAAAUUGAAGCUGAAAACCCAGGUUAUGGAUUCACUAGUAAAGCUGUUAUAUUGGGAGCGAUAACUAUAUUAAAAGACCAAAUGAAUAUUCCUAAAGGGGGUGUUUUAACACCAGCAGCUGCAUUCCGUAAUACUCAAUUUAUAAAUCGUUUAAUAAAACAUGAUGCUGCAACUUUUCAAAUCGAGUCUGACUUGGUUACAUACAGUGAAGAAAAAAAAUAAAUUCAUGUCAUUUGGUUGAUUUUAGUCUUUUGUAGUAUUUAAAUUGUAUUUUAAUAUAGUUCUAAAAUUAAUUUUUUUCAUUUUA